UGGACGCCGCAUAUCCGCAUUCUAGGGGUUUACUUUUCAUCGAACCUGAGCUACCGCCAUCAUUUUCAGGAAAAAAGAAUCUCCACACUAAAAAAGCUUAACAUACUAAAAUGUAUAUCAAGAAACUCCUGGGGCGCACGCUCCUUCCAUUUACUCCGAAUUGUCCAGUCAUACAUUACGCCUACGCUCGAUUUCGGCUGUCACCUGCACUCCCUCGCCAGCAAAAGUGAACGCAAGAUACUUGACACGGUGUACCAUGCCGCCUUGCGGAUAGCUACGGGCCUUCCGAAGUGGACUCCACUACCGCUACUUUACCAGGAGGCAGGCUGUACGAAUCUCCAAGAACGGCAUAACAUGAUCUCCACGCGGUUUUAUAUCAGACAAAUCUAUUAUCAGUCACUAAGUGCAAUAACGUACCAGAAUCUGCACAUUCCGAAUACCUACAGGAAAUCAGCUCUCCCCUUACAAGCAAAAAUCUGGCUAAAUAAUCACGGCAUAACCAUAAAUCAUAUGAUUAAAAUGCACCAUCGGACUCCGAAAAUACCCUCAAAAGUCCAUAUACAUCUCACAAAUCUCCCCUAUCAAAACAAGAAUCUACCACCGAACUUAAUACCUACUAUAUUCUGGGACUUCGUCUGCAAUAAUUGGCCACACCACACUCUGAUCUAUACAGAUGCCUCCCGAAUACCAGACAAGGCAGGAGUGGCAAUAUACAACUCCUGCUCCGGGUCAGCCAUGUCCGGAUCCGUUCCACCCAUUUGCUCGGUCUUCACAGCAGAGGGAAUAGCUAUAAUAUUAGCACUUCAAAAAUGCCCUACAAGUUCCCGAAUUAUAAUUUUUACAGACUCACUCUCUGACCUGACAGCACUAAAUUCUGCUACAGACUCUCCGCAAGGAAUCAUACACCAAAUCAUUGUCUCGAUGGAAGAGCUCCCAUCCUCAUGCCAGUCUGUAGACAUAGCAUGGGUUCCUGGGCACUCCGGGAUACUCGGCAAUGAAAUCGCUGACGCGUUGGCAAAAGCAGCGCUCCCCAGACCGAGAAUUUACGAUAGAUUUACCGUUGAAGAUACUUAUCAAUCAAUUAAACGAAUCCACCAACUAUCCAGGCAAUCAGCAUUUAAGCAUAGCAAAUACUAUACUGAUUUUCUUCAUUUGAGCCAAAAUAAAAACGAACUUCUACCCCUUUCCAGCAGGCUCCAAGAUGUUACGUUCUCCAGAAUCCGUACUAGAUCCUAUCCAACCAAAUCAAAGUUAUUCCGCUUUGGACUCGCUCCAGACAACAAAUGCAACUGUGGUUCCAUCUCCGAUAUCGAUCACAUUAUUCUGGAAUGCCCUCUCUUUGAUCAACAGCGCACCACCCUAAAAAUACUGCUUGGACCUGGGGCAUUGUCGUUCUCAUACCUUAUGGAAACAACGGAUAAAUGCAAGCUACAAUAUCUUAUACAUUACCUAAAAUCUAUCCGCAUACUAUAAUCAUCCACCUAUCUCCACCACCUUGGAUAUAAGCGAGCUAUAAGCUGGAAAUUGCAAAAAGCUCCAAAACUGAUCGUCGAUAAUCAUCAUCAGUAUGUGUUUGUUGAAUGUGUACCGUGUGUUUGCUCUAUAUUUACACAAACAUGGGUAAAAAGAUUAUGCAAAAUCAGAUUGAAAAAUUGGUGUCUUUUAUGGAGCAACACCCAGAAUUCUAUAAAGGUGAACUCACUACGAAAUUCACGAAUAAAGAUAAAGAAAGGAUGUGGCUGGCAUUGCAGUUGGUACUGCACGCUAUCGGAAGCUGCCAUAAAACUGUGGAGAAAUGGAAAGAAG